UACGGGGUUCUGUCGGCCUCUUCCUCUUGCGUCCGGGGCAGGAACCUGAGCUGUGGCCGCGGCCGGAGCCGGGAGUCAGGCGCCGCCUCGCCGUCGCCGCCCGAGCUGCCUGCCCCUCUGGCUCUUCGUGCAGUGCAGAGGCGGCGGGCAGGGGAGGGAGCGUCGCCAGCGUGAGGUUCCCAGCCGAUGGGCAGCCCCUGGGCGCGCUGAGGGGCUGGGCUACUAGCGGCUGAGAAAAUGAUGCAUCCUGUUGCCAGCAGUAAUCCGGCUUUCUGUGGGCCUGGCAAGCCUUCCUGCCUCAAUGAAGAUGCCAUGAGAGCUGCUGAUCAGUUUGACAUAUAUUCCUCCCAGCAAAGCAAAUAUAGCCACACAGUCAGCCACAAACCAAUGGUUUGUCAGAGGCAAGACCCAUUAAAUGAAACUCACUUGCAGACUACAAGUGGCAGAAGCAUAGAGAUAAAAGAUGAACUAAAGAAAAAGAAAAAUCUCAAUCGAUCUGGUAAGCGUGGCCGGCCUUCUGGAACCACCAAAUCAGCAGGAUACCGAACCAGCACAGGCAGACCCCUGGGAACCACCAAAGCAGCUGGAUUUAAGACAAGUCCAGGCAGACCUUUGGGUACAACCAAAGCUGCGGGAUACAAAGUCAGCCCAGGGAGACCUCCAGGUAGCAUUAAAGCUCUAUCCCGUCUUGCCGAUCUUGGUUAUGGCUGUGGCACUGCUGCUUUUCCUUACCCUAUGAUGCAUGGCAGAGCAGUUCAUGGGGUAGAGGAAACCAGCAGUGAAGUCAAGCCACCCAAUGAGUGAAUGAGGCAGGAAAGGAGGGCCAGGUUUAGAAGGAAGAUUGUGAAUCCUAAAGCUUCUUGGUUUCAUUUUGACAUACAUGAUUUUAUGACCUGGGCUUCCCACAUUUGUUUUCCUGUUUGUUUGUUUUUCCUGCUUUUGCUGAGAAACCACCAUAUGCUGACAGAUGCACUCAGGGCAUGAGCAGUGGCAUUGAAUUUGUACAUAGGUCCAAGUGUAACACCUAACUAAAUAAUUUUUCCUUUUCCUUUAGAGUUAUGGUUGUGUCUCAUAUUUCAUUACUACUUUUGGGCCAUUCUGAAUAGAUGCUUUAUGUACUAAACAACUGAAACCAUUAUACCCAUUAGUUUGUAAAGUAAGGCUACAAUAUAAUAAACAUAAUAUCUAAGGUAUUUUUAACUGAUGGAACAAAGCAAACUAAUGAUUCAGGAUUAUUUGAAGUAUGGCUGUGAGUUUUUGUAACAUUUAUUGUCAUGAACCAGGACACAGAUAUUUGUAUGCUUUGGUAUUUACAUAGACUUCAGAUGUUAAAAAUUUUAUUUUUAAUAGGUUAUAGGUUUAGGCAGCUUCUUAUUUAUUUAUUGAUCUAAAUGGCAUUAAUUGAUUUAACCAUUGUUCCUAAAGGAAUUAUUUAGUGUUUGCCUUUCAGCAAUGAUAAGUUGUAUAUUUUUUAAUUGCCUAACAGCAUAUAUACCAAACACUACAAACAAUUCAUAUUUACAAAAAAAUUAAACUUUUUUAUAAAAACACAUUACAUUUUUGGUGAAAUACAAUGCAUUCUGAGAAUAGCAUAUGUAAUAUAAUAGAAAAAGAAACAUUCUUAAGGUUUGCAUGGAACUAUAUUCACUACAUUUUGCCUUUUGUAGACUUAGUUGUUAAGCAUUAUGCUUAAAACAUUUAUUAUUGUUCAUUUAUUCAGAAUGUUUUUUAGUUUUAGGCUUUUUUUUUCUUUCUGAGAAAUUGUCCAUUGCAUUAGCACUUACUAUUGUUUCAGGUUUAUAUCUACCAAAGGACACAAACUGAAUGGUAGGCUGUAAAACUGAUAUAAAUAAAAUGCAGUAUUCUGACUGUCAGAACACAGAUAUUAAGAAAUAUCUAGGCAUCUAUCUAUUCAUGAAACAUGUAAAAUAUAUGUGGGUUGAGACCACUUCACCUAAAAGAAAAUUUUUUCCAACAGUGUUUGCUUUAGAAGCAAGGUAGAUGGAAAAGAAAAAAAGUAUUGGGUAGAUAUUCAUAGUAGGGACAGAAGGAAGUCUCUCUUGCCCCCUUUCUAAAAGUAAAAUGUUAAUAUACAUUUUAUUUAUUCUGAGUUUGGUCUGAAUAAACUAUUAUAAACUUUGAAUUUGAAAAAAAUUCCACUGAAUUUUAAAGUUACAAUGUAUGUAUUUGUGAUUUUAAAUGCCUUUGAGAUUAAAAUACAGAUUUGCAGGACCCAAAAACUUUUAAAGUAAUUAAAAGUUUAAAAAGGCACAUAUUGUGUUGUUUGGGCUUGCUCUCAGUUAAUACAAACUCUGAUUGCAAAUGGAUGUCAUGUUUCGUACCUUUUUUAUCAGGAAAAAAGCAGCAAGCCUUCAGGUGUUCCAGUGAUGCCUGACACAGUGAGGUGGACUUUAUGCUGCUCUUUACAGUAAGAGGUGUUGCAUUGUAUGUGGGGACUGUGUGUGCACUGGCAUCUAAGACAGUGACCUCAACAAUUUUAGCUUUGCACAAACUAUAGCUAACAUAUGUUGGAUGACUACAUAAUCAGUUGCAGAAUUCUGGCAGCUAAAUUGCUACAAGAGUUUCUUCUUGCAGAAGCUUAAAAUAUAAAAUUUUAAUAAUUUACUCAGAACAGUAUAACUUCUGACACACACAAAUGCUUACAUCUUUAUUCAUAUGUUUAUCCACUUUUAUUAUCUGUCAUUUAGCUAUUUCUCAGAUCAAUGUUCAGCAGUUGGCUGCUUAGAAAUCCUGUUUUGAGUUCCUGAAAACAGUUGUUUAAUUAAAUGUUCUACUGUAGAAUGAUACAUACCACUGUCAAGGAUUUGGUUGCAUGUUGUGGUCUUUAUAUGUCCAUUUGACAUUGCCCUUUCAGAUUAUUUUGAUUCCUGAUUUUGUUAUACAUAACCUUUCCUUUCUCUCUGCCCUUUCCUACAUUCAUUCCCUCCCAUUUUCCCCAUCCUCCAGCACAUCUACUCAGUGGUGCUGUGCUGUGUGUCAGAAGGUGUAUUAUUGUAUACUGAUUUACAGCAGGUGUAUUAUUGUAUACUGAUUUUUUUAUACAUGUUAAUGAAAUGGUGAAAUUAACUAAAGAAAGUAUGUUCAUAACAGUGCUUAUUAAUAUCUGGAGCUCUGUCCCAGGAAAAAAGGGGGACGAAUGGCUACAGUUGUGAAUGAAUAACAUCAGUUUAGAAAGCUGAAUUUUCUGUUCAUGUGAGCAGUAACAUGGAGUAUUAGAUCUAUGUGCUGGUGAGCAUCUCCUGAUUCUACUUUUUUCCUUGUGAACAGUUUAUUGGUGCCAUGCUGAAGAGAAAGACACAUCUAAGUGAUAACAUGAAGUCUUAAAAAAUAAAAUAUUUUUACUUCUCUAUAGUCUAAAAACUACAUUGUGCAUCUUUUGUAACACUGUCUCUUGUCAUGAUAAACACUGAAAUAGCAUGUUAAAUGCCUAUACUUUAAUAUAAUCAGUUGGGGAAAACUGGCCUUUUCUUCCCACUGUAUGAUUGUUCCUUUAAAGGUAAAUUGCUAAUUUUAUAUUGUGUAAUUCUCUUCUUCACAAAAUAGGUUUCACUAUUCUAUAUUAAAACUGUUGGUCAGAAAAUGAUCUGCUGUUCAAGUAAGUUUGCUUUACUUUUUUCUUUAAAAAAUAUUUUAACAUGCCUUAUUUAUUAUUAUUAUUAUAUUAACCAAUGAGCUAAUGCAGAUGAAAUUUUCAUUUUUGACACAAAUAUAACCUUGCAUAACUAAUCUUUAGUAUGGGAUGAUUUUGAUACUAUCUUUGGAGUUUUGCACUGGAUAUUAAAAAAUACUGGCACAUUGUGUUGGAAGAAAACUAUCUGCUUAAUUUUUAAUAUUUGGGACAUUUUUAAAGUCUGUUUCAGUUAGACUAAAAAAGUCUUUAUAUUUUUUAUUUACUUUUUAAAAGAAAAUCUGUUAAAGUAAUAAAAGUAAUAUUCAUUCCAAACUGAUGUUUGUGUGAAUUUACGUGUAUAUUUUCAUGAAGUAAGAAUAGAGUUUGAGUUAAGGAGGAAAAAAAUUAUCCAUUUAUUAGGUUAAAGGUAAUCCAUCCAGUGUUAGGAAAACCAGUGUGUGAGCUAAAGAGGGAAAAAAACCCACCUUCUCUAAGAAGCUUUAAAAGAACAAUUCAGGGGAUAUUGACUAUAACUGCUACUCUGUCAGUCAUUGUCACUAUAUGCAGUAAAAUUUUAUGAUCCCUUUAUAGUAAAAUAGAAGAAUUCACAGCAGUUGUUGAAAACAUUUUUUCCUUGGACAUAAACUAUUUUGAUGCUAUUAGGUUUCUGUUUUUAUUAUAGCUUAAGUAUAUCCUAUUAAACUCUAGGAUGUAUCUAAAUCUUUCCUUUGCUUUUCCUCUGUCACCCCCAAGUAGAUAAAUCUGUGCUCUCACAUAUAAUGUAUUUAAUUUUUGGAAAACUUAAUACUAUAGUAAACCAAGUGUGUGAUUUAUAGUAAUCAGACCACUUUGAUGCUUUAAGUUUCACAGUUUCCUUUUUCCACAGAUAAUUACAGAGAAAAUAAUUACCAAUUAAUUGAUAUAAGCACGCUGUCCUCUGCUGUAAAAAGUCUGAAUAGAUACUGUGUAUGUUUUUUAUGUCCAUGAACUUGAGCUACUCGUGUGCAAUUAUGUGUAUGGGAAUGGAGUAGUGUUCAUGAUUUGUAUCUACAUCAUCAUAUGGAUGUAUAUUUAUUAAUAAAGUCAUUACUUUAAAACCAA